GGAAGAAAAGAGAGAGACAAAGAGACAGGUAGGAGGGAAGAAAGAAAAGGAGGGCGGAUGGAAGAGAGAGAGAAAAAGAGGAAAAAGUUCUCUGGCCGAUUAUUUUUAAAACAUCCCAACUAAUCGCGGUCAGUAUAGGCAAACAAGACACCUUCCCCUGGGCGGUGAACACCUGGACUUCCCUCGGUGGGGACAGGCGCGGGUGACCACCGAGUGCUUGCUUUCAGGAGGGGGAGCGCCGUGGGGACGCCGCGCGGAUUCCUUUCCAAGAAGGCGGCCCCGGCACACCCACUGGACGGCCGCGGGGUCCGGGGGUGGGUGUGCGCUGGCAGCCGCCGCCUGAGGAGGGGCGGAGGGUGGCGCGGAGCCCGCGCUUUUCCGAGCCGCCAGUGAUCGGCGGCCGCAGGCGCAGCGGCGGGCAUGGCGGAGACGCGGCCGGGCCAGGCGGCCGGGGUGCAGCUCAGCUCGCUGCCCGACCACUCGCCGCUGCUGCAGCCGAGCCUGGCAGAGCUGCGGCGAAGGGCCCGGGCGGCGGGCACCCCUCCCGCGCCGCUGCAGCUCACCGACUCCUUCCUGCUGCGGUUCCUGCGCGCCCGGGACUUCGACCUGGACCUGGCCUGGCGGCUACUAAAAAACUAUUAUAAAUGGAGAGCAGAAUGUCCAGAAAUAAGUGCAGAUCUACAUCCUAGAAGUAUCCUUGGCCUUCUGAAGGCUGGCUACCUUGGAGUCCUGAGAGCCAGAGAUCCCACUGGCAGCAAAGUUCUUAUUUACAGAAUCGCAUGCUGGGACCCAAAAGUUUUUACAGCUUAUGAUGUAUUUCGUGUAAGUCUAAUCACAUCCGAGCUUAUUGUACAGGAGGUAGAAACACAACGGAAUGGUGUCAAGGCUAUCUUUGAUCUAGAAGGCUGGCAGUUUUCUCAUGCUUUUCAAAUUACCCCAUCUGUAGCCAAGAAGAUUGCUGCUGUUCUUACAGACUCAUUUCCAUUAAAAGUUCGUGGUAUCCAUUUGAUAAAUGAGCCAAUAAUUUUCGAUGCUGUCUUUUCCAUGAUUAAACCAUUUCUGACUGAAAAAAUUAAGGGACGGAUUCAUAUGCAUGGGGACAAUUACAAACAAAGCUUACUUCAGCAUUUCCCAGACAUUCUUCCUCUGGAAUAUGGUGGUGAAGAAUUCUCCAUGGAGGACAUAUGUCAGGAGUGGACAAAUUUUAUAAUGAAAUCUGAAAAUUAUCUCAGCAGCAUUUCACAGACCAUUCAGUGAGAAGUUAUUUAAUGCAAAUGGCUUCCUAAUUAAAAAUACAUGCAGGAGAUCCUACUUGGUUACAUCAAUGAAAGAAAAAAUCUUAAACCAAUUAAUGCUUGUCGAUUUUUAAAAAUGUAAAUAUCCUCUGACUUGAGUGACAUGAGUAUUUAGGAACUGCUUUACUUUGUAAAUGCAUUUUCUUUACUUAGAAGCAAUUAAAUUUUAGUAUACCUUAAAAGCAUAGAAGAAAUUCCUGAUUUUUGCACUUGAAAGAAGUUAUCUUUAAAGUAGCUGUUCAGGUGCACCCUUGUACAUCACUGGAAAGUUUUCAUUUUAACCAGGCUCUCUUAUUACAUUGAUUUAGAAAUGUAUAAGUAACCCAUUGAAAAGAAAUAUUAGCACAAGUUAAUGAUAAAAAUCUAUUAACACUCAUUUGGGUGGGUGUCAGAAUAAAUUAUAAUUCAGCUUAGAAUCUGAAUACAGAUUUACAGAGUUAUUUCCACAGAAAGAUAAUUCAUCUCAGGGAAAUUCUGUUUUAGGAUAUUCGCACAAUAGAAACUUUUAAAGAUCUAUAGACCAUAAACUAUUACAUGUAGCAUUGAUAGGCCUCUUUGAAAUUAUACUUGAUAACCAAAAAUAACUUAGAAAAUAUUUCAGGUGGAGCUUCUUAAUACUGUUUCUGCAUUUUCAAAGAAAUCCAGAAUGUCAUUUUGACUUCAUUGUUUGUUUUUUUGUGUCAUGACCACAUAGAGAUUUAGAGAUGGAAUAAUAUUUACUUGUCAUAUACAUGUACUCUGUUUUUAACUGAAGAACCCAACAACACAAGGGAAAGGAAAUGUUUACAUUUUUAAAAUCACUGUCAAUUACACAUGGAAGUUUUUAUGAAAUAAUUUGAGUUGUACUAUUACAUCAGAGUAUCCCAGCCAAAUCCUACAAUUCAUUUUUAACAAAACACGUAGUUAAAAUGGGCUGUUUACUGUAGCUCCUAUCAAAGAACAUUUCAUUUAUUAAGAAAAAUAUGUCACUACAGCUUUCAAUUUAUGACAAUUUUUAUAGUUUUUAAAUUUUAUUUUUAAACUUGAACAUAAGAGAACAGCGCAAAGUUUGUUAGACAUUUGGUUAGCUUCUUUGAGUUUCAAAAAUAAUCAUGUAAGAGUAUUUUGUGAAAGGAUAAUGUGGAGAGUGGUUUUCAUUACAGAGAAAUUAUUCUAAUCAGGUGAUCUGAUAAUUCCGAUUCUCUGUACAUGUAUCUUUGAAAACAUUGAGAGCGAUUGUGACUUUAGGGAACAUACUUGAUUUUGAUUUAGCAUUAUGAAGCUAACUUUACAUUUUAAUUCUUACUAAAAAAUUAGAUUGUGCCUGGUUUCUAAAGAACGUUGAACUAUUCUUUACAAAGUCAUAUAAUUUUAAAUUGUGUAAUUAAAAAUGACAGCAGGAUAAAACCAUUGGAAAAUAAUGAAGAAUAACAACAAAAAGCUGUGGUUUACCCAACUUUCAUUCCUACAAGAAGGCUUACAUCACAAGGUUCCACUUUAUUUACAUUUGACUGCUUAAAGCACUUUCUUAGGACACUUUGAAGGAAUGUGCCCUUUAACACAAGGAUAAAGGAUGAUUUUUUAAAUGUAUUUUUGUGAUAUUAUUAACAGAAAAUAGAAUGAUAAUAAAUCAGUCAGUAGAAAUUCAUUCUGCGACUUUGAAAUUUUUAUAAAAUGCAACAAUUCAGAGAAGAACAUUAAAAGAACAAUGUGAAGUGAGUAGCCAAUUUGAUAACAAGGCAAGAUAAGUAACUAUCAAAUUAUCUAUAUUACCUUACUGUAAUUGAAGAAGUGCCUUUCAAAAGAUUAACGUGUGCUUAUUGUGUUACUGAAUUGCAUGAUAAUUUGUUUUAAUUAUUGUUAAAAGAAAAUAAAGAUCUUUCACAUGA